GAAGUCAGCAUGAGCGAUAGGCGCUCCUAUACCGGAACCAAGAGAACCUCCAUUUGUAUGAAUUGCUUCAACAUAUUGAGCAUCGCUAGCAUCCAAUCUAUCAGCUGAAUUAUUGACACUAAACAAGGGACCUGCGGGAUCAAGUCCAACAAUAGUAUUAAUGAAACCUCGACGAACUAAUUUCCCAGUAAUUCCAGCCAUCAAACCUCCAAGAGAGAAUCCAAC